AUGAAAUUUUCCAACAUAUUUGCUUGCAUCCGGGUAUUUCCUAUUUCAACAUGUUGCUGUAAACUUUCCAGGAGAAAGUCAGAUACACAAACAUUGAUUCAAGCGAAAAACGGAGCAUCUUUAUUUCGUUUACUUUACAUUUCGUGGAAGGUGGCCUUUCAGUUUCAGCCUUUCAUUUCAUCUGCGAUAUAUUUCUUCUUUGGUCUCAAAAUUAUGACGAUGAGAAAGAUAGUCGUGCAAUUAUAUUCUUCAAUUAUACUUGUCACGUUGAUGGCAAUCGUCAAUUUGGUAUCUGCGAAUUUAACGGCUGUUACGGUGAAUCAUGGUCCAUGGACAGAGAUUCUUGAAAAUUGGAUCACUCUUCCAAGGCAUCAGUUCAACAAUUCUCGUGCUGCACGAGCGAUGAAGAUUGAUGAUAAGACUUUGACAGUAUCUAAAAUCUCCACAUCAAAUAAAAGAGACGUUUCUGAAACUGAUCUUUACCUACUUAGUGCUAUUGAAAAAUUGGUGUAUAGAGUAGACUAUCUAGAAAAAAGAGUAAGAAGGGCAGAAGAAUUAUUGUACUACGUUAUUGCUGGAAACAAUAAAAUGAAAGAACCUUGUCCUACUAAUUACACGAGAAUGGGCCAAAAUUGCUAUCACUUCAGUAAUCGUGAUUUCGAUUGGAAAUCAUCGGGUAGUCUUUGCCGUGGUAUGGGUGGACAUUUGGUCGAAUUCAACACGGUCGAGGAAAGUCAAGAUGUAAUCGCGGGUAUAAUGUCAAACUCCAAAUUGAAGGGUAAUUAUUUCUGGACAGGUGGCUUAAAUCCAGGGCUUUUAUGGAUUUGGGCCAAGAGUGCUAGACCGGUUCAACAAGAUACUAAACAGACCGUCAUUGGUGAUGGCAGGUGCUUGAAGUUAACUUUCAACGUAUCGUCGAAACUUUAUUCGUACAGAGGUGAAGAUUGUAGCUCAAGGCAAAGAUAUAUCUGCGAAUUGACGGUCGAAGACGAAUCAGCAAACAGGAUCGAAAGGACAGCACGAUUACUAAUUGAUAAAAGUGAUUAGGCGCAUUUUAGCGGAUAAAAAUAACGUAAUAAAUCAAAC